AUGUUGGAGCUUGGUUUCAAAAUCAAUCUUGGUGAAGAAGUUAACGUAGCUGUAUCGGUCACAAAUACAACAAGGUUGAAACCACCACACGGAACGUUCAGUGACCAGCUUGGCUACAAUCAAAAUAAAUGCAAAUUGAGGUGUUCAACGGAGCGGAUAAUUAAACUGUGUGGUUGUAGACUUAUCUUCAUGGAAGCAAUGUGCAACGAAAUAACUUACCAGACGUCAGUCACCGGAUCAAAAAUCGCCAGCAUGGAUCUGAAUUAUGAUUAUUUCAAAAAUUUUGAGGAAAAAUCUUUAGAUUUCAAUCCGAAUAAUUUCCUCCUACUACGAGUAUACCUGACCAACAUGCAGUCCACGAAAAUUUCAACCGUCAAAGCUUAUUCAGAGAUGGCGCUGUUGAGUGACUUGGGUGGAGCUUUGGCACUUAUUCUCGGUUCAACUUUCUUAACGGUUGCCCAAAUUUUUGAUCUCAUUUGGAACUUUUGCUACUACAUUUACGCCAAGAAGAAAAAAUCAGCAGAAAUACAGAUUAUGAAAAAUUGA